GCUCGUUCCUUUCUUUCUUGGGACCGAAGCCGGGCUCGGCUCCAGUCCCCCAAAUUACAACCUCUCUCGCCGUCUGCUCGCUCGCCCGUCCCCCAAAUCCCUACUCCCCCACCAACCCCAGCCGAACCCCGGCGGCGUCACCGGCGAUGGAGUGCGUCAUCGGCGUGGUCGGCCGCGACUUCGCGGUCGUGGCGGCGGACACGUCCGCCGUGCAGAGCAUCCUCGUCCACAAGACGGACGAGGACAAGAUCAUGCUCCUCGACUCCCACAAGCUCAUGGGCGCCUCCGGCGAGCCCGGCGACCGCGUGCAGUUCACCGAGUUCAUCCAGAAGAACCUCCACCUCUACCAGUUCCGCAACAACAUGCCGCUCAGCACCGCCGCCACCGCCAACUUCACCCGCGGCGAGCUCGCCACCGCCCUCCGCAAGAAUCCCUACUCUGUAAACAUCAUACUUGCAGGGUUUGAUAAAGACGCUGGUGCAUCGAUGUACUACAUUGACUACAUCGCGACGCUCCACAAGAUCGACAAGGGAGCAUUCGGGUAUGGGUCGUACUUCUGUUUGUCGCUGAUGGACAAGUUGUACCGCCCUGACAUGACUGUUGAGGAAGCGGUGGACCUUGUUGACAAGUGCAUCAAGGAGAUCAGACUCCGGCUGGUCGUCGCGCCCCAGAAUUUCGCCAUCAAGAUCGUGGACAAGGAUGGCGCCAGGGACUAUGCUAGGCGUGAGAUCGGAGGUGACAGUCCUGCAACCGCAACCGCAACAAUAGCAACAACUGCCUGAGGUGAUUGGCCCUGUCGGUGGUCAUUUGGAGGCUGGAGACUGAACCCUUCCUGUUAAUUGUUUCCGAGUACUGUCACUAUGUAAUCGCAAUACGUUUCGGUUCGAGAACUGUGUUGCAAAUUCUCCCAGCUGUGGACUAUAGUCUGUUUAUGACCCCCAUUUCAUGGUUAUAUGUUUCACUGUUUCUUGCUA